AUGACGAGUGCGUCGUCUGUUCGAAAUGCCUCAUGGUAUGCUCCUUGGAGCUGGGGGAAGUCUAGUGGUCCCGUCGAUGCCAGCUCUCUCACACCGGCCGACCGCGUUCCCAUCGCCGAAUUCUCGCACCGUCCCGUCUCCGAGUUUGCGCAACAACACGCACAGCCUGUCGUCACCACGUCUACGCCCGAGCUCGCUCCUGCAGCUAUCGACAAGCCCGCCGUCGUGGAUGGAGCAGUCGCGCCUGCCAAGGCGGCAGUAGACAGCGCGCCUACCUUGACGGAACCCAAGACACUCGACACUCUCUUCGAUGCUGAGCCUGUCAAGGACACUCUCCCCACAGCCGAGAUUGACCCCACUCGUCUCAUCGAUCAUUCUGGACAAUUGCAGGAAUUGGGUCUCGACUACGGCUGGGGUAUGACGACUCUGUUCGAGAAGUGCAUCGAAACCAUCUACCUACAAUCAGGCAUGGGCUGGGCUGGCUCUAUCAUUGCUGCCGGUGUCGUUGUCCGUUGCACGACCUUUGUGCUCCAGGCAGCGAGCUCAGACAAGAUGGCAGUCAUGUCUUCACUGGCACCCGUUACCAAGCCUAUACAAGAGAAGAUGGAGGCUGCCCUUGCCCGAGGUGACAAGCAACAGGCCGAUCUAUACAAGAUGCAGCAGGCCGCAAUCAUGAAGCCCUACGUAGGAGGUAUGCUUGCCACUGGAGGUUUCAUGAUCGCGCAAGCCUGGAUUGGAUUUUCCGCCUUCAGAUUCCUAAGGGCUAUGGCUGACCUGCCCGUCCCCGGCAUGGCGCAUGAUGGCUUUCUGUGGUUCACCGAUCUGAGCAACCGCGACCCUUACUUCAUCUUACCGGCUGCAACUUCAGCCAUCAUGUAUACUACCGGAGGUGAAACUGGUGUGCAGCCCGAUACAGCCCAGGCAGUUACACGUCAAAAGAUUUUCACUGGUUUAUCCGUCUUCCUCGGUGUUGCCACCGCUUUCCAGGCCUCUGCUCUCCAACUCUACUUCCUGAUGACCGGUAUUAUGGGCGGUUUAACUGGUUGGUUGCUUCGCCAGAAUGGUUUCAGAAAAUUCAUUGGUAUUCGACCGCUACCCAGCAAAGAGAGCAACGAGCUUUACAGCAAAGUCGUCAAGGGAGAGGCGAAGUUGAGUCAAGUCAAGGGAGCCGAUGGCAGGGCUCGUUACCAGCCACCCACCCGCAAAGCAGCCCCGAUGAACCGUCGCCAGUUGUCCGGCAUCAACAUCAAAUCCGGAGUUGCCCUACCUGCGCAUCUCAAGACGGAGGUACCCAAGACGAUCGACACGGAAUAUCCUGACCGGGACAUCGAUUUCGAGGAAGGUGCCAAAGGCAAGCCAAUCAGCGAGAAGCUGGACUACUACCGCAGAAACUACCGCCUUGCCUACAUCUGGAGGCGGACGGGCAACGGCGUGGAUCGCUUCAUGAGGUCUAUGGGCUUUGGAGACAAGAAGAUGUCACCCGAGGAGGCCAGGAGGAAGAAGAGGGCUGAUGAUUACGAGAUUGAGAGGAGACGCAGGUUCCAAAAUAGGCAAUAG